AAUGUUUGGAAAAAAUCCAACUCUCUUUAACAAUUUCCCAUAAGAAAAAGUGAGGGAAAUCACAAUGAAGAGGUUUUAGUAUUACUGAAUAUUGUCUUUCUAGGUUACACCCAUUUCCCAUUUCCCAUUUCCCAAUUCCCCUAAUUUUCUUUUUCCAUUUCCAAGUUUCAAGCCUCAUCGUCUUCUUCCUUCGGUUUUGGCCUCUUCCUAUCAGCUUGCUUCGCCGCCACAUGACCAUGUCUUUCCUCGCAGACAUGUGGUGAUAUCUUCUUAGUUGGUCUCUCUGUUAAGUUUCUACAUCAUAUAUAGAACACCAACUAAGUUAAGAUUAGCAAGAUGAGCACAUCACAUCAACUAAAAGAAAACUAUGACAAAAGCGAUAAGCUCUCAUUGCAUAAUGGAGAUGAAGGAAGUGCUGCUCGAACAAGGCCUUUGAGCUUUGAAGAUAUUAUGCUUAGGAGGAAGAAGAAGAGCUUAUCUGAAGAAGUCAAAGAGGGAGUUGUUGAAGUAGAAAUUAUUUCAAAGGAAGAUAUUGUUAAGGAUGCAUCUCAUAGUUUUGAAUCUGAAGGGGGUUACAGAUUUCACAAAGGCUCUUCGCCCAUUGCCGAAAUUCAUGUUGCAGAGGAAACAACGAGGAUAAGUUCCAGAAAGAAAGAGAAGUUGGCUUCUGUCAAUACUAAAACUGAAGACUACCAUUUGAAAGGGAAAGAUAGAGGAGGCUGUGAAUUGGAAAACAAAUUGAAUGCAAAGCCAAGUAAUCAUACGGGCAAGGAAACUAAAGGAAGCAGAAAUGACAAACAAAUACAUGGAAGGAGAGAACAUGACAAGCAAGGACGCAGAAAUGACAAAGAAAGACAUGAAAGGAGAGAUCAUGAUAAUCAAGGAGGCAGAAAUGACAAAGAAAUACAUGAAAGGAGAGAUCAUGACAAGCAAGGAGGCAGAAAUGACAAAGAAAUACAUGAGAGGAGAGAUCAUGACAAACAAGGAGGCAGAAAUGACAAAGAAACACGUGAAAGGAGAGAUCAUGACAAGCAAGGAGGCCGAAAUGACAAAGAAAUACAUGAAAGGAGAGAUCAUGACAAGCAAGGAGGCAGAAAGGACAAAGAAAUACAUGAAAGGAGAGAACAUGACAAGCUAGGAGGCAGAAAUGACAAAGAAAUACAUGAAAGGAGAGAAUAUGAUAAGCAAGGAGGCAGAAAUGACAAACAAAUACAUAAUAGGAAGGAACAUGACAGGCAUGGAGGAAGAAAUGACCAACAAAUGCAUGGUAGGAGAGAACAGGACAAGCGUUUGACUGAUAGCACACAAAAGGAAGCUGGAAAGAAGCAUUUGAGGGACUCAACAGGGAAGGAGAGCCAUUCUGACCCGAAAAGAGGGAAAUCCGAAAGAGAAAGCAAGAGAAAAUAUCAAAAUGGAGAUGAUGAGAAAGCUAAAGACAGGAUUGGUGCAAAGAAACUUGAUACAGGAAAGCAUUAUGACACAGAAAUUUCAGGGAGAAACAAGGGAAAAGAGUCAUCAAAAUCACAUUAUGAAGAUCCAAAGCUGAGAAGGGGAAGGUCUAGAAGCAGAGAUCGCGAGGAUAGAAAUAAAAGGUCCAAAUCUCCCUCUCUGGGGGCUCACAAACAUGCUUCUUAUAAUAGGGUGGCUAAUAAAGAGGAUACUUCCCAUCAUCCUAAGGAUAGGUCUGAAAAACAACUUUAUGUUGACAAGAGUAGAUUAUCAAGUAAUGGCUCGAGUAGUCACCAUCGACGACAUGAUGACUCCACAAGUGGGCUUGGUGGUUAUUCACCGAGGAAGAGGUUAAGUGAGACUGCUGAUAAGACUCCUCCACCUAUUCAUCCAUCUGAGAAGAAAAGUGCCAAGUGGGAUCUACCACCUGCAGGAGCUGAGAACAUGUUUUCUGGUUUAGUUCCUUCUAAUUUUCAGUCAUCAAACAGUACUGUGUCCACAAGUGUGCAAGAGUUGGCUAGUGCUGCUGCUAUUGCUUCAAUUCCUAGAGAGUUGCCUUAUGGAAUUUUUGCUACUUCUUUAUCCAAUAAAAGAUUUGCCACCAUUGACUCCAUCCAAUUAACGCAAGCUACACGUCCUAUGAGGAGGCUUUAUGUAGAAAAUAUACCUUCUUCAACGUCUGAGAAAGCUUUGGUGGAUUGGCUUAAUGAUCUUUUGCUAUCGUCAGCUGUUAAUCAUAUCCAAGGGACCCAACCGUGUAUUAGCUGUAUUAUUAACCAAGACAAGGGCCAAGCUCUUGUGGAAUUUCUUACACCUGAAGAUGCUUCAGCUGCUCUUGCUUUUGAUGGAAGGUCCAUUUCUGGUUCUAUUUUGAAAAUUAGACGCCCUAAGGACUUUGUUGACGUGGCAACUGGCGAUCAGGAGAAGUCAACAGCAGCAGUUGAUACAAUUACUGAUGUUGUGAAGGAUUCACCAAACAAGAUCUUCAUUGGUGGAAUUUCAAAGGUUCUUACGUCAAAAAUGCUCAUGGAGAUCGUUAGUGUGUUUGGAUCUUUAAAGGCAUACCAUUUUGAGGUCAAUGACAAUCUGGACGAAUCAUGUGCAUUUUUGGAGUAUGUAGAUCAAUCAGUUACUUUAAAAGCCUGUGCUGGCCUGAAUGGUAUGAAAUUGGGAGGGAAAGUAUUGACUGUUGUUCAGGCACUUCACAGUGGAGCAUCCUUGGAAUAUACUGGUAGUUCGUCGUUGUAUGAGAUUCCAGAACUUGCAAAGCCACUUUUGAAACAACCUACACAAGUCCUAAAGCUUAAAAGUGUGUUCAACGUAGAGGAUUUCUCCACACUCUCAGAACCAUUAGUUGAAGAAGUGAUUGAAGAUGUUCGAUUGGAGUGCGCAAGGUUUGGCAGUGUCAAAUCUGUUAAUGCUAUCAGGCAAGGCAGUAGUCAGACCAUCAGAACAGAAACAUCUGAACUUCAUAGCAAUGCACAAGCUGCAGGAGUUGAAGAAAAUUCAGAGUGUGAGGAUAAAAGAACAGAAGCAGAAAAUUUGGUGGAGCAUGUGGAUGAUAAGCUCAGUGGAAAUGAUGCAGUAGAGUUUGAAAGUGAUACCAAAGAACACAAGGAAGAUGGAGUUACAAAAGAUAGCAGCGAUGAUAACAAGGAUAUUGGUAGUGAUGAUAAUAGACCAGAUAACAUUUUACAUGAAGAACCACCUCAAACAAGUCAGCUUCAGAGUGAUACGCCAGUGGAACAUCACGAUGACAAGAUUGUUAGCACUGUUCCGAUGGAUGCUGAAGACUCAGAAAACAAAUUGAAUCCCGAGGAUGGCUCAAGUAUGGGAGAUGCUGAUAGUAGGAAACUAGGAAAUUCUGCUGAAUUGGAUGGUAGUAUGAAAGCAGAAUCAGAUGCCUCAGAGAAGGAGGAUGUUGUCAAGGAACAAGAUUUUGAUCUUGGAAGCAUAUUUGAGGUGGGUAGUGUAAUUGUCGAAUUCGGAAGAACAGAGGCUGCUUGCAUGGUGGCACACUGUUUGCAUGGGCGGAUGUUUGAUGACCGUAUUGUAUCGGUGGAGUAUGUUUCUAUUGAUCAUUACAAGGCAAGGUUUCAAAAGUAAGCACCGUUGGUGAUUGCUACGACUCAUUAUUCACAUACUGAAAAUGAAGUUGGACAAAUUGGAGCCAGGAAAAAUGCAUUCUUAGUUGCGAGGGUGACUCAUAUUUGAUCUAGUUCUUGCAGUUGCUGACAUACAGGGCUCCAUGAUGUGUAACAUAAAGUUGAACAUUUUGGAGCCAAGAAAAUGCAUUUUUAUCCAGAGAGCUGCUGUAAGAGAUGCAUGGAAAUCUGGUUCCGGUAUGGACUGCAGUUAUACUUUGGAGUUAAAAGUCUUCUAUUGCAUAGCUUGGCUCUGAAGAUGAUUUGGGAUAAUGAGGGAUGUGAGGCUGAUAUGGCUAACAAUGAUUCAAUUUUUAGUUUUACAUGUAUAAGCUUUACUUCUUUUAGCAAAUUUUCUGGCCCUUGUUAUCUUGAUAUAGUAAGUAGAAAAUGUGUAAUCAAACUUGUUCCUUGGGUUUGAAUGCAUGCUAAAAUGACAAAAAAAGUAAAAUGCAUGUUCUUGGAGCCACAUUCAUGCAUAGGCAGGCAGUCUCAUAUUGUAUUGUUGAAUGUUUAUUUGGGAUGUUGAGAAAGUCUUGGUAUCAAUUUUUUUUAUAAAAAUAUUUAAUUAAUUUGUUGGUUCA